CUUUUAGUAGGGAUGUUGGCCAUUACGAUGGAUGUUUGUGAACUAAGUGCGUUACAGUCGUUGCGUAGUGUAUAGUCGUAUAAUUUUUUUGUAAAAAAAAGUUACAUUUUAUCAAUUACGAUAAAAAAUUGUAAUACGAUCAUAUGAAAAUCGUUUGAUCGUUACGUACCUUUACGUAUACCAAUUGUUCUAUCUACUUUGACGAAAGAGAGAAGAAUUUUUCUACCGGUGUAAUGGCCGAUGUAGAAGGAAAGAAGUUGACCGAGCUUCGUGUUAUAGAUCUUAAAACAGAAUUAGAACGACGUGGUUUAGAUAAAACGGGAAACAAAGCAGCACUUCUUGAACGUCUUUCUAAGGCUAUAUCUGACGAUGGAGAAAAUCCAGAGGAAUAUCUCAUUGUGCCUUGUGGUGGAGUCUGCAAGACCAGUCCACGGAAAAACAGUGUCACAGGAGUACCUAAUCAAGAUGAUACUCUGGAAUCAUCUGAAAAUCAAAAAGAAGAAAAUGUAGAACAAAUAAAAAAAGAAAAUAUAGAUACGCAAGAUGCUAAUGAGUCAAAAGCAAAGUUAAAGCCAAAACUUUCACCCGAAGAAAAUCUUAUUAUUAAUAAGAAAGAGGAUACUUCAAAUGAUGUUUCUGAUAAUCCUCCAAAAGAAGGAGAAGUCAAACAAGAAACAAAAACAACAACUGUAAAUAAAAUUCCAACUGAGAGUGGACAAACUUGUGAGAAGAAAACUGAAACUGAGAAGACACCUACAUCAAAUCAGUCUUCGACUACAGGUGCUGUAGAAGCCAAUGGAAUGGAUAAUGAAGAUUCUAUUAAUUUAACUAUUGGAGAAGAUGAAGAAAAUCUCCUUGCCGAGGAGACAGAAUCCCAUGAUAGACAUAAAGAUGGAGGUGAGAAGAAGAAAAUGGAAGAGAACAAGAAGGGAGACUCUAAAGGGAGCGGUAGAGCAGAAGCUGGUGCCAGCAACAAGGAAGGGACAACGUCUGGUGCAAACGUCGGGAUGAAGAACAAGCAGGAUGGUGGCGAUGGAAGCAAGAGUGUGGAGUCCAGCAGCAAGAGUCAGAAGAGAGAAGAUAAAGAUAAGAAGACUACUCAAAUCAAUCCUGUUAAUGCAAGUAGCAGGAAUUUGUGGGUGUCUGGAUUAUCAUCGAGUACACGGGCUACUGAUUUGAAGCAAAUCUUUUCAAAAUAUGGGAAGGUGAUAGGUGCCAAAGUGGUUACCAAUGCUAGAACUCCCGGUGCAAGAUGUUAUGGAUACGUUACUAUGUCUACCAGUGAAGAUGCUGCAAAAUGUAUACAACACUUGCAUCGAACUGAAUUGCACGGUCGAGUGAUAUCCGUUGAGAAGGCCAAAGGAGAUUCUCAACAAAGUCAUAUGCGCAAACGCGAUGCAGCAAAUGGAAAAUCAGAAAAGAAAGAAGAAAAGGAUAAGGCAAAAGAUAAUCAUGAAACCAACGAGAGAAAAGAAAAGGAAGCAAAGAAGGAGAGUGAAGAAAAAGGACCCGAACAAGCAAAAAAGAACGACGAAAAAAAUGAAAAUAUCGAUGCUAAGAAAAUUGAGCCAGUGGAUAAAAAGGAAGAGAUCUCCAAGGAAUCUGAUUCUCGAUCAACAAAAUCUACCAGCAAGAAACCAGAAAGUGAAAGAGGUCGACGAGAAGAUAAACGAAUUCGUUCGUGGGAUCAUCAUCGUUCGUACAGUCGUUCGCGUAGUCGAGAACGCCGUAGACGAGAUGAUGUACUUACUUUUGCAAAAAUAAGGAAAGACGAACAUCGAUACGACAGCACCUUACGAUUACAGGAGGAGCGUGAGAGACAGAGAUUACGUGAACGUGAAAGAAUGUUGCGAGAGGAGGAAAGAAGACGACGUGAGGAUAUGGAGAGACAACGAGAAAUUGAACGUAGACAGAGAGAGGAAGCAGCACGAUUGGAAAGGGAACGUGAGAAAUUAAGAAGAGAGAGAGAAAGGAUAGAACAAGAAAAAGCAGAAUUGCUUCGUUUGGAACGAGAACGUCAGAAAUUGGAAAGGGAGAAAUUGGAACGCGAGAGAUUGGAGUUAAAGAGACAACAAAUGCGUUUAGAAGAAAGUAGACGUGCUCCUCCGCCUCCCUCGAUUAAGAGAUCAUCUAGUGAUAGAAGGGAUCCUAGAGAUUUAUACGUAGAACCAGAAAGGAAACGAAUGACUACGGAACAUAGCAGAAGACACAGUCCAGAUCGAGUGAGUGAUAGACGAACUGAGAUCAUAGAUCGUGUUUCGGAUAGACGAUUAGAUCCAUCACCACCUACACGUUACGAAUCGAGCAGAUCUACGCAAGACAUGGGAUUAAAGAAAGAAUUCAAACGCAGUAGCGAAUUUACAUCAAGAAGUAGUCGUCCAGAAACGUUUUCUGAUGUAUCACGUGGAAGAGAAGUAAUCGUACGUCGUGAAUCUCUUUCUGCAACAUCCUCGUCUAUCGAUCCACGACAAGUCAAAGAAAGUGUUAGAUACGAACGACCCAGUACUACAACAUAUACUCGAGAACGCGAGGUACGACGAUCUGAACCAGAGUCGCAUAGAAAUUCUAGGGAUAGUCAUACGCGUUAUAGUGAAAGCUUCAAACCACCGAGCUCGAGUGCACCCCGUGAUAGCCGUUAUAUAGAAAGCAAUAAAACACCAAGUGGAUGGCAUUCAGUUCCACCAUCUACAAAAUCAUUUAAUUCUGUCCCAAGUAGUGGCACACGGGAUCCACGUAACGAACCAUCGGGUUGGAGUUCUAGAUCAUCAGACAGUGUCAACAGAUGGAGCAAUUCGAGCAGUAUAGGUAAUACUUUACGUCAUCCUGUGCCACCAACUUAUCCAAGUGGCCCCAUACAAUCCAUGGGAUUAACAGCACCGGGAACAGCUACUUCAUAUGAUCGAUUUGAUCCAUAUAAAUCAUCUAUGUCUAGUAUGAGGAAAUAUUAUGUGACGACAGAAAAAAAUUUCAUCCUUUUCUUUUUCCUAUUUAUUUUCAAUUUUAAGAUCAGUUAUUAUAAACGUGGAUUUUUUAAAAAUCAUUUUCUAAUUACAGAAUUUUUUGUAAUAUGGAAUAUAUUUGGUGGAGCUCUUUCGUAUACCGAAGAAAUAAUACGAUAUCAUGGUCAACCGUUAGGAUAUAGAAUACCGACGUCUUAUGGGCCACCGACUCGUGGAUGGUCAUCGGAAAUAUGGAAUUCUGGAGUACGAAGAACGGGAAGUCAAUUGUACAGAAGGGAUGUUCAAAUUCGACCGCCCCAUGUACAUCUCGUUAAAAUCGAAGAAGAACAAACUGAUCCUUUGGCGACUUUAAGCGAAACAUUAGGUGCAUUGAACACCGUGGGCAGUUAUAUCGUUAAUAUGACGAGAGGUAUGGAGAAUUCGAAUAAUCCACCAAAAGAACUUCCAUCUGCAUUGUACACUAUUUCGAAAAAUAUUUUAGGACUCAAUGUAACAGACAGUAUAGCACCAUUGGUAAGAAGAGGUGUUGGUUUAACAUCCAAACCAUCAAUCAAAGUACAAACAACAGCAACAGCAGCAACGACAACGACAACGACAACAAUGACAACAUUAGAACCUACAGCCAUAGCGAUAACACCAGUUAAUUUAUCAAAACCAGUUUCUCAAACACUUCCUCAACAAUCGGUGGAAUUAGUUAAUAGAGACAGAGAAUCUUUAUUACCCACGUGUAUUACAGCAGAGGGUUCAUCAGGGAAGUGUCAAGAUCUCAGCAAUUGUCCACAAUUAUUGUUGGAUUUAAAAAAAUUAAGGCAAUCUCUAUGCUUUAAAAGUAUAUUCGUACCUGGUGUUUGUUGUCCAACAAAAAAAUCAGACGAUUUAUUGGAUGAUGGAAUAAUUACUGGUACCGUUUCUCCGCCAUUAAUCCAGACCACUGUUCGACCUACUCGACCACCAUAUCGUCCUAUAAAACCACCUACACCACGACCUAUACCAUUGUAUCCAGUUGAUUCAUCUACUUUAGAACCAUCAACCGGAACGAUCCUAAUUCCAGACUUGUCAGUUAAUAAUUCGAACAAUGUCGAGACACUAGGCACUGUCGACAAUAAUUACAUACAAGACGACGAAGAAUGUGGAGUGAGAAAUUCUGGAAAAUAUAGGGUCGUUGGAGGUGAAGAAGCAUUGCCAGGACGGUGGCCUUGGAUGGCAGCUAUCUUUCUUCAUGGUUCUAAGCGUACAGAAUUUUGGUGUGGAGGCUCCUUAAUUGGAUCACGACAUAUCCUAACUGCUGCGCAUUGUACAAGAGAUCAACGACAACGGCCAUUCGCUACAAGACAAUUCACAGUACGUCUUGGUGACAUAGACCUAGAAAGAGACGACGAACCAUCCUCACCAGAAACCUAUGCUGUUAGAGCGAUAUACGCUCAUCCAAAAUUUUCUCGUGUUGGUUUUUACAACGAUAUCGCUGUGCUUGAGUUAAACAGACCUGUGAAAAAGUCACCUUAUGUGAUACCAAUAUGUCUACCACAGGGACGCUUUCGUAGCGAAGCUUUUGCUGGUGCUAGACCAACCGUGGUUGGAUGGGGAACAACUUAUUAUGGUGGAAAAGAAAGUACAGUUCAACGACAAGCAGUAUUGCCUGUAUGGAGAAACGAGGACUGUAAUGCGGCUUACUUUCAACCAAUUACGAGUAAUUUCUUAUGCGCUGGUUACAGUCAAGGUGGCAAGGACGCUUGUCAAGGUGAUUCAGGUGGCCCAUUAAUGUUAAGAGCCGAAGGUCGAUGGAUGCAGAUAGGCAUCGUAUCUUUUGGUAACAAAUGUGGUGAACCUGGUUAUCCUGGUGUUUAUACACGUGUCACGCAAUAUCUCGAUUGGAUAAAAGGCAAUUUAAAAUGAAUUUAUUAUAUAUUAUAUCAACGUUUGACAAAUGCCAAGGAAUGAUAAAUGGCAAUUUGUUUUUUUUGUACAGUUUUUAACAUGUACAGUACACUGUCAAUUUGAUUUAUUAUUCAUAUUAUUGUGAAUACACAGUAAUGUGACCAAGUGUAUAUUCAUUGAAUAUAUUGUAAUUUAUUGUUAUUAUUA